UUUUCUCUGCCCUGCCCAGCUGAGGAGGGGGUGAUGGAGUUGCUUUAGUGGGUACCUGGUCAUCCCACCCCACAGAGCAAACACAAUGCAGAUAAAAUAGUUCUCCCCUAUUUCUAACCUGACCCUUCCUGGGAGCAGCAGAAUGAUGGAUCCCAGCUUUGCUGCCCUCUGCUUUUCCCCUGUCCUGGCAGGAUUUGAUUUCUUUGGAGGCAAUGAUGUUGUGCUCAUGAUAACCUUGUUUUUCCUUCCAGCUGCAGCUGAAGUCAGUAUGGCCUCAGGAAAGACCCCAACCCCAGACCUGCUGAAGGCUGAGGAGCAGCACACUGUGAGCGCUGUCAACCGAGUCACCAACCUGCCCUUGCUCAAUUCUGCCUUCAACCUGGUCUCCUCUGCCUACAACCAGACCAAGGAGUGCCACCCCUGCCUCAGUGGUGUCUGCAGCGUGGCUGAGACCGUGGCUGCCGUGGCUGUGGGCAGCGUGGUCGGAGGGGCACAGCCCAUCCUGAGCCAGCUCGAGCCACAGAUUGCUCUUGUGAAUGAAUAUGCCUGUAAAGGUCUGGAUCAGCUGGAGCAGAACUUGCCCUUCCUGCAGCAGCCAGCAGACAAGGUGAUCUCAGACACCAAGCAGCUGGUGGCCACCAAAGUGACAUCUGCUAUGGACGCUGCCUGUGAGGCCAAGGAAGCAGUGGCUGACAAGGUCACUGAAGCUGUGGACCUCACUAAAAACGUGGUUGGGGACAGUGUCAAGCUGACCAGGUCUGUGGUCACCUCCACUGUCAGCAGCGCUGUGGAGGCUGCCCAGGGGGCCAAGGAGCUGGUGACCAGCAAGGUGACAGAGGCUGUGGAUGUCACCAAGCACAUGGUGGAGGACAGUGUUGACAGGACCAAGUCUGCUGUUGCCUCUACGAUUGUCAAUGCAGUGGAGGCUGCCCAGGGGGCCAAGGAGCUGGUGACCAGCAAGGUGACAGAGGCUGUGGACCUCAGUAAGCACCUUGUGGAGGACAGUGUUGACAGAACCAAGUCUGCUGUGACUUCCACCAUCUCUGCAGCCGUAGGGGCUGCCCAGGGAGCCAAGGAGCUGGUGACCAACAAGGUGACUGAUGCUGUGGACAAGGUCACCAAAGCCGUGGAUGUCACCAAGCACAUGGUGGAGGACAGUGUUGACCUGACCAAGUCUGCAGUUGCUUCCACGAUUGUCAGCGCUGUGGAGGCUGCUCAAGGGGCCAAGGAGAUGGUGACAGACAAGGUGACCAAGGCAGUGGACCUCAGCAAGCACAUUGUAGAAGACAGUGUUGACCUGACCAAGUCUGCUGUUGCCUCUACGAUUGUCAAUGCAGUGGAGGCUGCCCAGGGUGCCAAGGAGCUGGUGACCAGCAAGGUGACAGAGGCCGUGGAUGUCACCAAGCACACAGUGGAGGACAGCAUUGACAGGACCAAGUCUGCUGUUGCUUCCACCAUCACUGCAGCUGUGGGGGCUGCACAGGGGGCCAAGGACCUGGUGGCCAACAAGGUGACCGAAGCAGUGGACCUGACCAAAGGGGCUGUUCAGGACAGCGUUGAGAAGACCAAAUCUGUGGUCACCUCUACGGUCAGUACAGCUCUGGAUGCUGCCUAUGGCACCAUCACCAGCAAGAUCAACACAGCCCUGGAGCAGGGCAGGGAGGUUCUCCAGGAGGGUGUGGAGAUGACCAACUCAGUGGUGACCAACAGCAUAAGCAAGGCCAAGGCAGUGAGCCAGGCAGUGGCUGGAGGUGUGGAAUCUGUCCUGGGAAUGUCAGAAGAUCUGGUGGAUCAUUACCUCCCAAUGACCGAGGAAGAGCUAGGUAAACUGGCCACCACGGUGCAGGGCUUUGGCGUGGCCUCCCUGGAGGAGCAGAAGAGGCAGAGGAGUUACUUUGUGCGCCUGGGCUCGCUGUCGGGCCGCGUGCGGCACCGAGCCUACCAGCACUCCCUGGCCAAGCUGCAGGGCUUCAGGCACCGCACCCAGGACCCCCUGGCACGGCUGCAGAUGGCACUGAGACUGAUUGAGUCUGUGAAACAGGAGGUCGGCCAGAAGCUGCUGGAGGGGCAGCAGAAGCUCCAUCAGCUGUGGGUGGAGUGGAGCCUGACGCAGCCCAAAGGAACCCAAGUCAGAACGGCCCCGCCCUGAGCUCUUCUCUCCCGGCAGGUGGAGCCGCGCACCCUGGCCAUGCUGAGGAUCAUCACCCAGCAGCUGCAGCCCGCCUACCACCGCCUCAGGCUCAGCAUCCACGGCCUCCCCAGCAGCAUCCAGGAGGCCGUGUCUCGGGCCACAAGACACCUCCACAAGCUCCACAGCUCCUUCUCCAGGGCCGUGUCCUUCCAGGACCUCUCCAGAACCACCCUGGCCCGCAGCCAGGACCGCGUGGCGGAGGCCCGCAGGUCCCUGGAUGUCCUCUUUGAGUUUGUCACUCACAACACCCCUCUGAACUGGAUUGUGGGGCCCUUCAGGGCCAUGGCCAAGGUGGCACAGGACAGCAGAAGGCACAAGAAGGAAGAGAUGAGGUGUGAUAGAAAAUUACUCAGGUUGGAAAAGGCUCCGCUAUCACAGGAGGUGACAAAGGCACCUGAAGAGCCAAAGGGAACCAACAGGCUCUCAGAAAAAUGGUUCAGACACAACUUCCUUUGUGCCUGUUGUGCUUCUGGGAAGGCUCGGCCCUGCAGCACAUCUGGCACAGCUGGGGGCAAGGAGCUCAAGAAGAGAUUUCUCUUCAUGGAUCAGCCAAACCCUUCUUCCUUCAUGGAGAAGCACUCGGCAGUGUGGGGUUUUCCUUAAUCAUCUUUCUAAUUUCUGUGAAUGGCUUGAAGGAUUAUCUGUGAGUAACUCCAUGUGUGAAACACUUCACAGCCAUUAAAUGAGGCAGCUUUUCCCAGGAGUUACUCUGCCAUUAGGAUAUCCUGUUAUUAAAAUAGGAGGGAUUUUAAUCCAGGUGCUGGUUCUUUCCCAGAUAAUGCUACUUUGUAAUAAUUUCUAAUGUAACUUAUUUUGGUAACUGUUCCUGGCAUUGUCCCUGUGCCAGGGCUGGUGAGCAGACACUGGAAUAA